CGAGACGUUUAUACAGUUAGGUAAUCUGGUAUGCGAUGCGUUUUCAGUAAAUAGCCAUCCAACGACUAUGAGACUCAUUCAUAUGAAACUGUUGGUAAUUACUUCUAGAACAUUCAUUUCAGUCUGCCGAUCAAUAACACGAUUAAUAUAUUCAGUAAUUUGAAGAUCAUACAGAACUGGUCUGUUCAGUUAGCACUCAUGUGUGGAUUACUGUGUGUAUUUCAAGUUGAACAUUCGCAACUGAGAUGUAUAACCAAAUCACUCUCAGUACAUCAAUCGUAAUCUGUUUGAUAUUCAACAUCUAACCAAUUUAUAUCGUGUAGAAUGUUAAUUGGAUGUUCUCUCAUAUCGAUAAUCACUGUCUCAUUUAUUGAACUAUAUAAUUGUUAAGUGGAUCAGGCUAGUAUGCAAUACCUGAUUUGAACUUUGAUCAGAUCAAAAGUUGCAUUGUUGUUCAUACUGUAUUUAAUGGUCUUUGAUCGUUUUCAUUUGCAUCAACAUUAUAAACUAACGUCGGUUGAGUUGAUCAGCUUUAACGUGCACUGCUUGUGAACACAACUGAUGUUGCACAAACAUCCGAAUGAAGGUUUGUAUUUACAUUAAUAGAUUUUUGAUUAACAUUGUUGUGAAUGAUCAAAUAAAACUAAUUGAAUCGAUAAUUUAUGGACGUUUGUAAAGGACAUUUUAAUAUCGCUCGAAGGUCGUACAUUAAUUAUACUCUAGCCACUGGUUUUAGUUCUUUGGUAGGAGAUCACAAUUUGAAACGGAAAUAAUCGUGAAUAUUGAGUUACAUAACACAAUUCGAUAUACUAUUUAUUGCUACCAGAAAUACAAUCAUAAAUGUGACUUGAUGAGUCGACAAUUCUCCUAUUUCGAAAUGAUUCUGUUGAAUAAACUCCUAGAAUGUUCAAAUAUUCAACCAAUAAAUGUCCAAUUGAUUUCAUGUACAAAUAUAUCGAAUAUAUCGUUCUCUCAUACUUCUUAAUCUUUUCGUUAAUUCCAAUUUAGGAGAACUCUUCCAAUAUAAAAUAUGUAGACCGAGUUUUAAUGAUUAAUAUUAUGGUGCUGAUGUUGGAAGCAACUGUUGAGAAACACCGAACUAUAGUAGAUUCAUUUUAUCUCUACCACGUGAAUUGUUUUUGCUUUGGUCAAACAUGAUGAAUGUUUCAUUACCACCUUUGUUCACAACAUUCACUAAUCAUAAUAGAGACAGUCAAGUCAGAUUGCUGUAUAUAAUCAAUUGCUUAGUAGUAAUCCUAUAUCUCAUCCUCUCUUAUCAGGAUCACAUACAUACAAUGAUGGAAUCAAAUAUAAUAAUCAAGUGGUAAUCUGUGACGAUUCCACGUUAUCUGGAAUGGUUGAUCCAGUACGCACUCGAUUAAUAUUGAAAGUAGAAACCAGUUGAAAAUAUUCAUUUCAGAAUGUAGGUGUUUUUAACCAAUAUCCUUCAAGUGUUUCUAUCAAUGUUGAUGACUGCUUUAGCGUUCGCAAAGUUUGUAACUUGCCAGUGUUCCAAUUAUUGAAUAAUCAUAUUUCAGUUUUAAAUUCUUUGUCAUGCUCGAUCAAAAGUAUUUGUUAACUUUUAUUUUGAGGUAAGUGUACUAAAUUCAUAUAAGAAUGGGCAUUGAUCAUCAUUUAUUCGAAAUGCAUUCGGUAAGCUAAUAUAUGACUUUUAAUACAUUUAUAGAGUACACACAUAUGUUAUGUAUUAUUAUCUUAAAAUUAAUUUUUUUCCUGGUUAGCGUUUGUUUAGCGAGUUAGAUUUCUAUCGGAAGGGGUCGCCAAUCCCAUGUCCAACCCUCCUCCCUUAUCCGGGCUUGAGACCGGCAGUAUUACUGGAGAGGCGCCAGGCGGAGUUAUUAUGUUGAAAUGAGUUGAGUUAAAUGACAAAUUUAUAAUUAGUCUUUCGUUUAUAUAAAACAUGAUAAGAAAAUACUGUGAAUACCACAAAUCCAUUAUGAAUAACAUUGAAGACAUUGCAGUUUAAUUCAUUUUUCAUGCGCUUGCAGAUGGGUUCACGAAAAAAUAUGGAGCAAAACGAAGUUUAACAUAAUAGUUUAUUCUUUGAUGUAUAAUUGUUUGACAGUGCAUGAUUGGGCUAUUCAACUACGUGUACAUUUCAUCAGGAUAUGUACGAUUCGCCUUACAUCAUUUAUUGCAUUACUUUCUCAACUAAAUUUUCCAAAUUGCAUCUAGUUAUCUUAUUGAAUUGAUUUUGACACUUUAUAAUUUACAUUACAGUUUUAUUUCGAUUGGUGCAACCAUUGCAAUUUUCUUUAUUCAGAGAUUUACACAUUUGAAAUACCUCACGGAUUUCCUUUACGUACUACUCAGCUUCAGCUUCGCUGGUGUGAUAACCUGUUUUUCAAUUUACGCAAAAGGAAUGUUCAUAUUUGUCAGUUGGAUUUUGGCCAUCAUUCUAUCAGUGUUGUUGUUUAUGAUUGGAAUAGACAUCAAACGUGAUUUGGUCAAUUAUUUUCGGUCCUUUUUGAUUUAUGUCAUUAUUAUCAUACUUAUCAUUCUUGUACUAUUGAUCCCAUGGAAACUUGGAGUUUCUCAAGCUAGUUUAAUUGAAGCUCAAAUAUUUUGUGGAGGAAGAGCAAUAUACUACAGAGCUGAAGAUUUCAUAUUUGCAUCAAUGGUUCAUUUGUUCUUACUGACUUUCUCAUAUUCUGGAUUUAUUUUACUGUUUCUCAACAUUAAAUUAUCCUAGAUGGUGUUUCCCCUUGUAAUUGUGUACCUUUGAUGAUGCAGUAAAACAAGAAUGAUGAAUAUGAGAAUUUCUGUGUUUGUUCACUUGUCUUCAUUUCUAUUUAUUGUACGUGAUUGAGCAGAAUCGGAUUUGAAAAUAUUGAGUUUUAAGUGAACUAAUCAUUGUGAGUUUGUGUUGUCAUCAAGUGGGAAAGGGAUUUUGUGUAAAUCAUCCAAUUUGUAGUUUGUACUAUACCAUUGAUUUUGUGUAGAUAGUGAUUGAGAGUGUGGAUGUAAUAUAGUAGUAUGCUGUUGAUUAUGUUAUUAAAUUGUUUGAAAGAAAUCGAAUAUAUUGUGAAUUGCAAAUGUCUUUACUGUUACAUGGUGUUCGUUCAUUCCAUCAAUCUGAACGUUAGUUGUACUGAGAAGAAAGUUAACAAAGUCAUCCAUUUGGACAAAAUUCUACUUUAUCGUGAUUUAUCCAGUUUGUUGAAUAUGAAGUAGAGAAAUUGUAAAUUGGGGUUUACGGUAUGUUUGAAUAGAAAAUCGAGUUAAUCGUAAACACAUAAACAAGGAUUGAUAAUAGUUUAUUUUAUGUAUAUGGGUGGAUGUAUCAAUGUUGGUCGUGGUGUGAUAGAUGUAGAUCCAUGUGGAUAUCUCUUUGUUAAUUCACAAUAUUUGUUACUGAUGUCUGAUAACAAAGUUACACUAGAAAUCAUCGAAACUACUGACAAAGUCAAUUGGUUUUAGUAGACGUGGAUGUAAUUCGAAUUGUUUGUCCGUAACAAAUUACCGUUUUCUCUUAUGUGUUCAGAUUGUCAAGUUUCAUUUGUAAUCAACUUCAUUUUUUCAAAGUAAAGUUGUGUGAAGUGAUGUUGCUCUAAAAAUAAUUGAUGAAUCACUAAAUACUGAAGCGAUAAAUAAAUCC